GUAAACCUGGCUGAGGAGUCUCUGUUGAAUAAAAUGAUCCGCCACGCUCUGGUGAGGAACAGAAACCAGGUGGAGGUCCUGCAGGCGGACCCCACCUCCCCUCUGUACUCCGUGAAGACUUUUGAGGAGCUGAGACUACCUCAGAAUCUGAUCGCACAGGCGCAGUCUGGCACAGGGAAAACUGCCGCUUUUUCUCUGGCCAUGCUCAGCCAUGUAAACCCUGCCAAUAAGUGGACUCAGUGUCUUUGUGUCUCGCCGACGUACGAGCUUGCACUGCAGAUUGGCAAAGUAAUUGAGCAAAUGGGGAAGUUUUGUCCAGAUGUGAAAGUGCAGUACGCCGUUCGUGGGAACAGAUUGCAGCGAGGCGUUCAGCUGCAGGAUCACAUUGCCAUUGGAACACCAGGAACACUACUUGACUGGUGCACCAAGUACAAGCACAUUGACCCCAAGAAGAUUACUAUGUUUGUGCUGGACGAGGCUGAUGUGAUGAUUGCCACGCAGGGUCAUCAAGACCAGAGCCUCCGCAUCUAUCGACAGCUGACAAAGGACUGUCAGAUGCUCCUUUUCUCUGCAACCUUUGAGGACUCUGUGUGGAGGUUUGCGGAGCGAGUGGUUCCUGACCCCAAUAUCAUCAAGCUGAAGCGGGAAGAGGAGACGUUGGACAACAUUAAACAGUUCUAUGUGGCCUGUAAGGACAAGGAGGCAAAGUUCACGGCGCUCUGUGAUCUGUAUGGGUGCCUUACCAUAGCACAGGCCAUGAUCUUCUGCCAUACUCGCAAAAUGGCUUCUUGGCUGGUUGAUCAGCUGUACAGAGAAGGACAUCAGGUGGCAGUGCUGAGUGGGCAAUUGACGGUGGAGCAGAGAGCUGCUGUCAUCGAACGCUUCAGGAACGGCAAAGAGAAAGUGCUUGUGACCACAAAUGUGUGCUCCAGAGGUAUUGAUGUGGAGCAGGUGUCGCUGGUGGUCAACUUUGACCUCCCUGUGGACUUGGAAGGGAAUGCGGACAGUGAAACGUACCUCCACCGGAUUGGUCGCACAGGACGCUUUGGCAGACAAGGGUUUGCCGUCAAUAUGGUGGACAGCAAGCACAGCAUGGAUAUUAUCAACCAAAUUGAGAUGCAUUUCAACAGGAAAAUCAGAAAACUUGACACACAGAAUCUUGAAGAAAUGGAGAGCCUGUCGACCUGAAUUCUUUGCUACAUGACCUGCCUGCAACUGAAGCGUUUACCUCAUAUGACUUGUUCUUUCAAAGGUUCAUUGUUUGCAAUUUAUUGUUUAUAGAUGCAUGCAAAUGUGUGUUUGCUAAACUUAUUUUACGGCAGUAACUUAAGCCAAUUUUUUUCACUUUUUGAAUUUGAUGUCUGAUCUUGAUUGUUCAUUUGUCACCUUCGAGCUUUAAGCGGCAACUCUAGACUAACCACUAGCUGUUAAAACAGCAUGUACGAGGUGUGAUUAUGGUUUGCAGUGUUGUUUGAUUAUUAUUGUUAUUGACUUAGAAUUGCUGUGUUCAAAGAAUGUCCCCUUUAAAUAUUUGCAUGUUUCUACAAGGGUGAAUGAAUAUUCUUAAAUAAAUUGAAGCAUUUGAUGGUUUAAAAUGCCUGUUUCAGCUGAGAGGGAGCUGACUGUUAGUUUGUUGAAAACUUAAUUUGGUGUGAUAACAGACUGAAGUCAGAGCUGUCCCAUCAUUCUGUAACUCCAUUCAGUUGAAUAAAAUAUAAAAGCUGAGUGUUUAGUGCAUGUUGAACACAGUUUUCGCCUGUCUGAACUACACGUUUUCCUCAUCUGCGA